AUGGGCCUGCAGCCGACAGCUGGUUCCAGCUUCGAUCCUGGCUGGAAAGUGGGGCCGCAGAAACCUAACGGGAAGGCGAAAGGGGGAAAGAGGAAGCUCAUCAUCCCCCAGAUCGUGAUCACUAGGGCCUCACAGGACACCCUGCAGAGCUACAACUCCGCCACAAACGAGGAGCAGAGAACCAUCAAGGAGGAGGCCGGCUGGGGCCCCUACUGUCUGCACCGGAACCCCAGCACCGUGGCCGCCUACGGCCCGCACACCCCACAAUAAAGGCGUGGCCCGGCUAGCGCCCCGUGCCUCUCUGGCGGGGUGGCCGGUUCGCCCAGCCCCGCUGUCCAUCUCUGCCCCACCGCUGCUGGCAGCUCGGUGGACGGGGGUCGGGCCCCUGCCCGAGUGGACUUGUCCAAGCUGGCCCUGCGGGGAGCAUGGCCUCUGAUGGGCCGCAGGGCCUGCCUGAUCCCGUCCCUCUCGCUUCUGCAGGAGCCGGGGUGAGCCUAGGGUUCACGUGAAAGGUCAGCCUCCGGGGGAGGGGCACCGGACGGUGCUCAGGACUCCUAGUGUGGCUGGGACCCGACCCAGGACAGCAGAGGGGGCGGGGCCCUGGCAGAGCGGGGGAGUCCGGCUGAAAGCGCUCCCUCUGCUGCCUGUGGAGGGCUCCAAUGGCACCCUGGCCCCGGCCACGGUGCGGGGAGCAAGUCUGGCCACGUGGGAGUGGCCGCGUGGCCACCUCAGUGCCUGGUGCUGCGGCCACAGACGCUGGCUGCGGUGUGGCUUCAGGCACAACCUGCUUGCGGAUGGCCAGGAGAGGCUGGUGCCCGCGUCCCGCCUCCCUGCCGCAGCAGCUGGGAGGCCCUAGGGGACACGGCCCGCCUGCCACAGCUGGGGCAGGUCUCCGACCUCCAAGCU